AUGUUAUCAAACAAAGUCCACAGCAAACUCUGCUCCCCCAAGCAAGCUACCCAGCUAUCCCGAGCUGUGGUACCUCUGCUAUCCACCUCUCCACUCGGAUACCCCACCGCAAUCCGCGUCGGACUCGUCGCAUCGACCCAGCAGCGACAUGGCAGCAACACCAGGUCCUUCUCAUCGACACCGGUGACUCAUCUGCGAGACUUCUUCCCGGCGAAGGAGACAGAGCACAUCCACCGCACGCUGCCGGCAUGGCCACAUCACGGCUACACCGAGCAGGAGAUGCUCGACGUCGUGCCCGGCCACCGUAAGCCGGAGACGUGGGGUGAGCUCGCUGCGUGGAAGUUCAUGCGGUUCUGUCGCUGGGGUAUGGAUACCUGCACGGGCAUGCGCAAGGACCAGAAGGUCGACAAGAACAACCCCACGACGGCGGUUGCCACCAUAGCUCCCCUCACCGAGAGCCAAUGGCUCAUUCGGUUCCUCUUCCUCGAGUCCAUUGCAGGUGUGCCCGGCAUGGUCGCCGGCAUGUUACGUCACCUGCGCAGCCUGCGACGAUUGAAGCGGGACAAUGGCUGGAUAGAAACCCUGCUCGAGGAGAGCUACAACGAACGAAUGCAUCUCCUGACGUUCAUGAAGAUGUGCGAGCCAGGCUGGUUCAUGAAGAUUAUACUUAUCGGCGCCCAGGGCGUCUACUUCAACGGUCUCUUCCUAUCGUACAUCAUCUCCCCCAAGAUCACGCACCGCUUCGUCGGCUACCUCGAGGAAGAGGCAGUCCACACCUACACCAUGGCCAUUAAGCAGAUCGAGGAUGGUCACCUGCCCAAAUGGGCGGAUCCCGACUUCGUCGUGCCCGAUAUCGCCGUCGACUACUGGAAGAUGCCAGAGGGCAAGCGCACGAUGAAGGACCUGAUCCUCUACAUCCGCGCCGACGAGGCGUGCCAUAGAGGUGUGAAUCACACGCUGGGCAACCUCAAUCAGAAUGAGGACCCGAAUCCCUUCGUCAGCGACUACAAGGAAGGACGCGAACCACCACGGCCCGCCGUGAGACCGGAGGGCUACGAACGAGUCGACGUGAUGUAA